AUGCAAGCCAGAGCCCAGCAGUUCCUCUUCGAUAGCAAAACGAUGAUGCUGCGAGCCACGUCUCCCGGUCCUCUAGCGCGAACCUCGCCCAAGUUAGACAGCCCUCCUCCUGCCAUGGCGGAUGCGAAGUUGCUCGAGAUGAGAAAGCAAAACGGAAUUGAAGAUGCGAAACUCCGGGCGCUGGAGGAAAGGAUCACUUCACUUGAGAAUCGUAGGGGGGAGGCAGCACAACCCAUGGAAGCUCCAGAACUUCAACAGAACGCUGAAGAAUCUGACAUGAUGGAAGACGACAUGUCCAGCAAAGACGUAGUCAUGCAGAGCAGGGAGCCCGACAGGUCGGGAGUGAGUGAAAUCAGCAGCCUCAACGUAUCCAAGAACACUCUCACCCCAGAGAUCUCCACAGAGACGACGCAUGAGACGUCACAGGACGACAAACUGGGUGAUCAGACCUGGCCGGACCCUCCCGUCCCCAACGCCCCUCUUGCCCUCAGUCUCCACUUCGCCGCCAAAGUCCCGCGGCUCGACUUGAACAGGAUGAGACCCUCGCCUGCUGAACCAAGCGCCACGUUCUCCCCACGGAGCCAGACGAUUACAGAGUGA